CUGGAGCUGCGGAGGCAGUCGGUGGAUCCCUUCAUCUACCAGGUAAGGGCCACACGCAGCAUUAGAUCCUCUCGCUAUGUGCCUAACCGUGGCUGUCGUGCAGGCUGUCAUGGCUUCCGCCCAGCAAGGCAGAAGCUUCAGAAACGUCGUUGAAGAUAUGAUCGGGAGAGGGGCUGACGGUGUGCAGGUGAGAAAGACGCAAGGUACCUGCCGUGCACUGGCAACCUGAAUGUGCCUUGCGCUGCCUCUGUUUACUGCAGGCUGCUGCUGCUGCUGCUCGUGCCGGCCGUCCUCUUCAAUUGCCGAUCCCCCCGGUGAGACCAACUGUCUGCCCUCUCUCCGUAUGUGUGUGUGUGUCGAUUGAUGUGUGUGUCGAUUGAUGUGUGUGCCUCUUGGGACUUCGUUCUUCUCAUCUCAGGCGCCCCGCCCCAAGCGACCCAACGGCACUGUCACCAGUAGCGACCCUCAGGUACGACCUCUAGAUGCACGUCACAAACGAAGAAGCAGCGCACUCAUACAAAGACUCCUCACGCCCUGUUUCGUCUCUGCAGGACCGCGCUGCCAAGUCGGCCAGACACCGUGGACGUGAGGAUGGGCAGGACCAAGCCAACAAUCAUGCUCAGGUGAGCCACCUACACGAAUGUUGGCGGGCUGGCCGGCCAGAUGACAGCGUCCUUGGCUGCACUCUGUCACCCCCUGUCACUGUCAGGUCGCAAGUGGGGCCAAUGUCUGUCAGGUGCCCCUGCCGUCUGCACACAACCACACGCAGCGCCGGUGAGCCGGAAACAGCCACACACACACACCGCACCGAAACAGAAAGCUCUGUCUGCGCGUGUGCCUCUGUCUGCUCUCCAUUCAGGUUCCAUCCGCUGCAGUCACACCCUCAAAUCUUGCCGGCGAUUUCCACGGGCGUGCCGGUGACUGCGGAGCUGAUGCAGACAGCUGCUGCCGCCGUCGCUGCCGGGGGCGUACCAGUGGCCAGCCAUGCACUUGCACACAACACCUUACAGGCAAGCCGUCAAGCGAUGGUGUGUACGUCAUGAUGGUCAUUGUGCGUGUGUGUUUCCUUCAGCCGUCGGGCGUGUACGCUUCAUCGCCGCUGCCAGUGCCCCCCCCAGCCAUCGACUAUGGUGCUCCAAUGGACUUGAUGGAGCAGGCGAACGACGCCCAGCACUCGCCCACCAGUGAGGUACCAUGCGACGGACCACAUUCACACACAGCGGGCUCAUCCAUCUCCGCGAUGGUCUGUUCAGGCUCUGGGCAGACGCACACCCAUCCACCAUGCCUCCACCGCAUCGGCCGGCCACGGUGGCAUGAGGACCAAUGCAGACCCUUCUAGCGAUGGGAAUAACGAUGACCCUUUUGUCGACGUCGACUCAUUUUUGAACUAGCCAGGGGGGCUGGACGAUAUUAGGUGCUGGUGGGGGAUGGGUGUGUUAUGUCUCUGAUGCAUAUGUGUCUUAUUCACUGCCGCCGCUAAUGGCACUACUACAGGGCAGUGGGUCGACUGGUGGCGGGUUCUUGAUGACUGUGUGAGAGGGGCGUGGCGGAAUGACUGCCUUAUGUGAUCUGUGGAGCCUGCCUGGCUGACUGCCUUAUGCAAUGGUUAGGUGAGAGGUGGGCGGGUGCUAGAUUGCCCAUUGUGUCAUUGUGGUUCGGGUGGGUCCUUGCUGGUGUCUGAUGCUCCCGGUGCGAUGGCUGAUGUGUCGGACGUCACUCCAUUCGUGUGCUCAGAGAGACAGACACUGAACGAUCCACUGACUCACUGCAGGUAGGCAGGCAGGAAGGUGAAUAAUGCAUUG